AUGGUUGCUUCUCACCCUGCUCUCAGUGAUGGUAUCAUACUGACAGCCUAUAACAUUCCUUCCGAUGGCACAGAUUUGUUCGCCGCCAAUAUUAACUUCAUGAUUACUAAUCUUGCCGAUCCUAUCAAAUUCCCUGCCGUCCAAUAUACACACGGCUAUUUGACCUGGCCGUCGAAGUGGACUAAUCAGUAUAGCUUCUUUGCGUAUGGAGCUUUCGACCCUGCGAUCCUCGACGACGCAGAAAACACAAAACAGCCUUUCUCGAUUGGCGAAUUCGCCUCCUUCGGCCUACUAGGCGACCUGAAUGCAUCCAAUUUCAAAGGCCCAGUCUUGUACGUAGAGGGAGAGAAGGAUCUCAUCGCUUGCGCGAGUACGUGUACUGGACGGUUUGACAGGGAUAGCACAUCCUACAAAGCUUUUAGUGCUAGUGAAGUCGAGAGUGUGAUUGUUCCAGGAUUUGGACACGCAUUGAACCUGCAUAUCGGAGCGGAUGAGAAGGUCUACCAUAUGAUUAAUGAGUGGCUAGCAAGGAAGGGUUUCUUGGGCUGUAAAGGCAAGGCAGAUGAAAGUUUGACGAGAGCGUUCUUGUUUGUUGUAUAG